CCUAGACCAGAUCCUAGACAUUUUGCAAAGGCCAGAUUUAGGCCACCAGCACAGUCGCCGUUGCCGUUAACGGCGAUGUCUGGCCCCUUUCUCGUACAAGCUGGCACACAACCAAGUGGCACGUCUGCAGCAGCCACACAGACUGUUGCUUCUUCUUCUUCGGGUCCAGCGGUGGUUGCUACACCACCACAACAACCUGUUCCUCUACACGGACAGCCGCAAGGUCAAUGGUACCCUAAGACCCCUAUGAAACCACCUCUUGCCUUCUCAAGUGAGAAGAAGGACGAAGAACUCAACACUUGGUUGAGAACAGUCCCAGUUUGGGUGAAGGCGAAGAGGACCUUGCAGGAGGAGGAGGUGAAUAUUGUUGCAUCUUACCUCGAGGGUAAGGCAGCCAAAUGGCUAGAUGGUUUAGUUACAAAGGCCGGGUACGGACGACGGAUGGCGGACUGGGCUAAGACCAUAACAUUAGACCAGUUCUUAGAGAUGGUAAAAGCUCGUUGGCAUAAUCCUCAGCAGGCACAAAUGGCCACUGAUGCGAUAAACAGACUAGACCAAAGAAAGUUUAAGUCAGUCAGGGAGCUUACGACUACCGUAGAAAGCCUCAUUGUCGUCCCAGGCAUCAACUACGAUAACCAGUUCCUGUUGACCACCUUCGUGAGAUGUCUCCCAAAGAGCCUCAGGAAUCUGCUAGCCAGCGAGGCUCGCCUCGAGUAUCACUCGUUUGAGACAUUAUCUAGAAAAGCCUUAGAUUUAGAGGCCACUCUAGGAAAUGCUCAACCUUCUCAGAAUGACGCGAGGAAGAAGAAGAGUCCCCAGGAAUGGAAGAACAAGGGGGCUAAAUUGUUGAUGAUCGAGUCCGAUGGGACUCAAACAGAGAUCGACGAGCUCUCAUACCUGGUGGACGUUUCAGAGUACGACAGCGAGGAGAUCGCUGAGGGUAGCACCUUCGCCGCAGUAGUCAAGGCUAAGGCGGGUGGCCGAGCCUUUGAAGAUUUAGAAAGUGGGUGGUCAAACAAGGACCCUCGUGAAUCUUGGGUGGCACUAAAGAAAGAUCCUAGAGGGGAACAUUUCGUGGUGGAAGUGGAUGUAGGAGGCCGCAAAUGUGGUGCCUUCAUAGACAUCGAAUCCACGCGGAAUUAUAUAAGUCGCGACUGUUUGGAAAGGCUGCACCUACAGGACCGGGUACGGCACCUUAGAAGACCAGUAGCAUCUACUUUGGCCAACAAGGAGCGCAUGAUUGUCACAGACUAUAUCCCGAAUGUAGUCUGUACCUUCUCCUAUGGAGGAGGGGAACUGAAUCAUAAGAUUUUGUUCCUGGCUAGCGACGACUUGCCGUUUGACAUGUUGUUAGGCAUAUACUACCUUGAGGUUGCUAAGCCCCAGUUCGACUGGGAUAAGGUGCUAAAACAUAAGUUGCCUGAUGGCAGAACAGUCAGAUUGACUAAGUUCAAAGCCAAUAGCAUUAUAGAUACCUAUGGCUGCUUGUGUGCAUCAGCGUUCUAUAACUAUUACAUACAGAACCAAGAGGAAGGUAUGUACCUAGUGUAUGUCUCUAAGAAAGGGGAGGCCGUUAAAACACCCCCAGAGAUAGAACACGUCGUUGCUAAGUUCCCUGAUAUGUUCGAAGAGCCUACAGGAGUUGUAGAAAGGGAAGUUGUCCAUGCUAUAGAAAUCAUUCCAGGGAGUAAAMCCCCAAAGGGAAGGAUCUAUAGGAUGGCUCCCGCCGAGUUAGAUGAACUUCGGCGACAACUGAAAGAGCUGACAGAGAAGGGAUGGAUUCGGCCUAGUACUUCCCCUUACGGAUCUCCAGUACUAUUUGUACCAAAGAAGGGGGGUACAUUGAGGAUGUGCAUUGACUAUAGAGGCCUCAAUGCCAUCACAGUGAAGAACGCAGAGCCUCUACCUCGCAUAGACGACCUACUGGAUAGGGUGCAGGGAUGCAAGUACUAUAGCAAGAUAGACUUGAAAUCCGGCUAUCAUCAGAUCGCUAUAAGACCUGAGGACCAACACAAGACAGCUUUUCAAACUCGAUAUGGUCUGCAUGAGUUUGUAGUGAUGCCCUUUGGUCUUUGCAAUGCGCCGGGAACAUUCCAACACGCCAUGAAUCGGAUCUUCCAUAACCAUUUAGAUAAGUUUGUCGUGGUUUACCUUGACGACAUUAUGAUAUUUAGUAAGUCUGCCGAGGAGCAUGCACAGCACGUUGAGACUGUACUUUCACUCCUGCGACAGCACAAGUAUAAGGUCAACCUAGAGAAGUAUGCGCUAUCACGUAGGGCAGACUACCUAGGGGCGCUAGUUUCUGACUUUGGUGUACCUGAAGAACUGACUCAAUUGUUGGUGGGAGCCUAUCAGGAAGACCCUGUCACGAUGGACAUCAUACGCAAACUUCAGGUGAAAGACAAGGCCACAGAGAAUGAGUUUGUGAUGGUGGACGGGCUUCUCUAUCUUGAUAAGGCCGGAAUAAAAAGGUUAGUAGUUCCAUCUAGUGAACGAUUGCGUAGUUUGUUUUUAGGAAAAUGCCAUGACGCAACCGGGCACUUUGGCUACAAGAAGACGAGUGUUAAUCUAGUACAGCGAUUUUGGUGGCCUGGAAUGUUAGAUGACGCAAAGGAGUACGUAGAGACCUGUCAGGUCUGUCAGCGAGACAAGCCGCGAACUCAAGCACCGCUUGGGUUGUUGAAGCCCUUACCUUUCCCCGCUGGUCCAGGACUGAGUGUUUCCAUGGAUUUCAUGGACACCCUGGUGACCAGUAAGAGUGGCAAGAGGCACAUUUUCGUCAUCAUCGAUCGAUUCACCAAGUACGCUAGACUAGUUGCCAUGCCAGAGACCGCAAGGACUGACCAUGCCAUCAAGUUGUUCAAGGACAACUGGGUGCGUGACUUUGGUUUACCAAAGACAAUCGCUAGUGACAGAGAUGUCCGUUUCACAAGUGAGCGGUGGAAGAAGACUGCUGAGCAGAUGGGCAGUCAACUUCAGAUGACUUCAGGGAAUCAUCCCGAAGCCAACGGACAGGCCGAGCAGACGAACAGAUAUGUACAGCACUUGCUGAGGCAUUACAUCAAGCCCAACCAGGAUGACUGGGAUGAGAAGUUGCCUCUCAUCGCCAGCGUGUACAACAACGUUGUACACAGCAGUACCGGCGUUAGUCCUAACCAGUUGCACUUGGGAUGGAAGCCUAGAUCUGCUCUAGACUUCUUCCUACCUGAAAACCGAUCCUCUGCAACUCCAGGCACACUUGAGUAUGGUGUGCAGUAUGAGAAGUUGCUACAACAAGCUGUCAAGCACAUGAAGAAAGCUCCACAAGCGAUGAUUGCUUCUGAGAACCAACAUCGUAGACAGUCCUCAUUUCAGGUAGGGGAACGUGUCUGGGUCAAGGCUAGUGAGCUAGGACAGGAAGUUGGAAUCUCUCGUAAACUAAUGCCUCAGUAUUUUGGUCCCUGGGAAGUCCUGGAUAUAGUGGGAGAUAAGAUGGAUGGUCCUACAUAUGUCAUUCGUAUCCCUGGACACCUACGCACUCACCCUAUCUUUCAUGCCUCAAAGCUUGCACCUUUCGCUGAGACUGAUCAAUUCCCUUCAAGGAGAUCGAUGCUGCCCCCAACCAUGGAUGGUCAAGUGGACAUCGACGACAUUGUGGAUCAUAGGGAUAUGCAUGUUCCAAAGCCGCUGGGUCGAGGAAGACCUCCUAAACCCAAGAGAGAGUAUCGUGUCAGAUUCAGGCAUCAUACGGAUCCAAAAGAAGAUCGGUGGUUUACCAGAGAGGAACUGAUUGAGACAACUCCUCAAGUGGUGGCAGAAUAUGAAAGAAUGUUGAAAGGGAAGGCACCUGCGAAGUAAGCAUCUCAGCGGACUUUCGAAGCUAAGGGGGAUGGAAUGUGAGAAAUUAGCCCUCAGAAGG